AGUAGGGAAAAUGACCACGGAAACGUUUUCAAGAGAGUUAGACGGUCACAUCGUGACCUUGCUUACGAGGAUUUCUUCCCUGAAGGAAAAUAACAUGGAACUAACAGAGAAGAAAGCGCCUAUGUCGAUAGAGGCUCGCAGUUUGGAACUCUGGAGAGCAGUAGCUGUGGAGUGUUUCGCUACCUUUCUCUUCAGUCUCGUUGUAUCUGGCGCAGCCGCAUCCUCCGCAGUUUCCGGAAGCGGACUCUCUGUCUUAGCUACCGCUGUAGCAUCCGGUUUUGCAAUUUCGGCAAUCUGCUUCAUCUUUGGUCAUAUCAGUGGUGGCCACGUGAAUCCAGCAGUCUCGCUAUCUUUCGCUUUGUGUCGACGAAUCUCCUUCCUCCGAGCUGCUCUGUACAUCGCCGCACAAUGUGGAGGCGGUAUAGCCGGAGCUGCGAUGCUGUAUGGAGUGACUACACCUUCCAAUACGCAGACCUUAACUUCCGUAGGUCGUCUCGGAGGACCUAUCGAGAGGCUCUUGGUAGAAUUAGCACUUUCUGUGCUAAUCGUCCUAUCUCAUUUUACCUCAGAAUGCUCAAAAAUACUACCAAUGUCAGUUUCUUCGAAACCAGCCGGCGUAUUAGCUGCAGCUUACACGGCAGCCACUUUGGUUUCGAGUCCAUUCUUAAAUCCCGCACGCGCACUUGGACCAGCAUUCGUCACCAAUCGUUGGGACAACCAUUGGGUGUACUGGGUAGGUCCACUGUCCGGAAGCGCAGUGGCAGCCCUUCUUCACGAGUACGUUCUAAAUCCCAAACGAUCUAGAGACCCACGGGAUAUGGACGACGGUGACAAUUCAUCAAUGAGAUCCGACGAGGAUACCUACGACGAUCUGGACAAACCAACGGGUCCCAAAUUCCCCAACGCCUAUGCAACCUAUCGUCCAGUUGCUGGAGCAUCUUCCUCGAUCUACAGUACGCCUCCGACAGCCUUAGAACGUGUUGAAUCCAUUUACGGGGGAACCAAAUCGCUCUACUGUAAGUCCCCACCCUUAACUAGGGCAAAUUUAAAUCGUUCGCAAAGUGUAUACGCUAAAUCAACUUCCGGAACCCGAGACGGCCUAAUGAUCCCCAAACCAGGUCCUCUAGCCCCCGCACAAAGUCUAUACCCGAUUAGAAUAGGUCAAAUAGGUUCAAAUUCAGGAAGAGACAGUCAACAGCAAAAUGGAUCAAAUGGUCAGAAUCAAAAUUCUCAAAAUCAUAACAGUACCAACCAAAAUAUGCAGAAUCAACUGCAACAGUGCACGCAGAGUAUUUAUGGAAUCAGAGGAAUUUCCACAAGCCUCAGUACAAGGGAGAAUGGUAUCUAUGGUGUAUCUACGGGGUCCAGUAUAUAUGGCCGGGCUCCAGCUCCUCCUCCGAGUAGUCAGAAUUCUCAACAGUCAGGUCCAAAUGUCCAAUCUUCCACUCAAAAUCAUCAUCAGCCACAACAGCAGCAGCAGCAGCAGCAACAACAACAGCAGCAGCAUCAGAAUGGAACGAUAUCCACCUGCUCUGAUAACGCAGCAAACUCUAGAAGACCGGAAAGCAUGUACGGGCAUAUUUCUAGACGCAGUGACGAUUCUGCGUAUGGCAGUUAUCAAGGUUCGACGCGAGGCAAUUACGGAAAGGUACCUGGACCUCCUGGAACAACGGGUCCUCCUAACGGACCACCUGGUCCUCCUCAGUACCGCGAACAAGGAAGACCCAGUCCAGCUGGGCCAUUGCAACAGAACCAGCAAAAUAAUUUUCAGAGGAAUUCGCCAAAUCCUCAAUAUUGACUAUAAAUUUCAUGGAUUUGGUGAUCAUUCUUUAUAAGACUGCUACAUGAUUGGCUAAAUGAUUGUUAGCAGCUUCAGAAAGACGUAUAGUGAUUGUCAAAAGAAUGGAGAAGUUCGUUGGACAAUAAAAAUUGAAUAGGACUUGAAUAGGACUGAAUGUCAUUCGGAAUUAAAGUUGAAGAUUUUGUUGAGGAAAAAAGAUAUUGUGGUGCCAUUUUGUAGCGUGAUGAUGACAGCAGGAGAAUAUAGAGGAAUGGAAUACCCUAGAAAAUAAUACUGAUAUUGAUAAUGGUUAGAUUACAAUGUCCCAUAGACUUUGGAAGGAAUAAUAAUGUUUACCGUAUUUCCCUAGAAAUGGAUUUAGUAUUGAUAGCUUUCAGUGACAAUUGUAAAGAUCUUUUUAUCGAGAUUCGUCGUGAUGAAUUGAAUGAACUGAAGAAGCUAUUUCAUUGUUUCCCACCAUGGGACAUAUAGGCCUUUCACUUUCUCCGAUGUCGGGCAUUAUUAGAUUAAUUUUUUAAUUGAUCGUUGUACGGCUAUCUGGAAGACAUUCGAAGGCAAUAAACUUUGAUUUUUGAAUCGUUAAUUAUCAAACUCUUAACUUUUGAAUCAAUCGAUAAAGCAAACUGAUUAGAAUUUUAAUCAGUGUUUUGUCACACAAGACUGAUCUCACAAAUACUUUUUUAUAUAUGACAUUUAUAGAAAGAAAAAGAAGAGUAUUAUAUAUCGAAGAUCAAAUUUGAGAAUUUUUGCUGCACUGCUCUGUUUCGUAUAAAUCGAUAUGAUCGAUUUUCGGUCUAACAAAGUGAGACAAACUUUAUACUAUUUAAACAUCAUACAAUGUAUGUAUUAAGAUACUAUAUUUUAAGAGAUAAAGUCAAUAUGGUAUAAAGUAAUUUAAUGUAAUGGACGAAAGUAUGAGCAUUUAUGAAUUAAUAUUUGGAGAACGUAAAGAACGAUAGAAUUCGAGAAACAGUCUUUUAUAGUCUUUUGUAUAUAUUGAAUUUUAUAUUUAUUAUUUUUAUUAUAGAUUAUAGGACUAGUAGGAUUAUUGUUACCUUUAUAUAUGUACGUACCUAGCAAAAAGAUUCGACAAUAAACAUCCCUAAAACAACGAA